AUGGCAACCAAGGUGAUUUUGUUCUCCGUCUUUCUGAUCUUUUUUACAUAUUAUUCCACAGGGGUUUAUUCCCUAGUGGAAUUUACAAAUGUACAGUGCCAGUCUCUGGAUAAGGAUUUCGCCUUGUUUGAAUAUUGUUUUUUGAAAUCUGUAAACCGAUCUUACAAAUAUGUUUCCGUUAAAGUUAAGCUCCUAAAGCUUCCCAUAACCAAAGUCAAGCUGCAAAUUACUCUAUAUAAACGGGUGAAUAGCUAUAUGCCUUUUCUCUACAAUAUAACUUUUGACGCGUGCAGAUUCCUUAAGUCGCCGAAUUCCAAUCCCAUUGCUCUUUUUUUUCUUCAGCAUGAUCUUGUGCUGGAUAAGAUGCCAUAUCAUAGUGUAAAUAAUAAGUUUACCAAAAUACUUCCCUUUCCGGAGGGGAAUUAUAUGCUUGAAAUGCACUGGAUAGCCUACGACAUUGAUCGAGCUGUAACUAAAUUCUAUUGGUCUCUUACUUGA